GGUGUCGCGCGGUACGAUCUGUGAAGUAAUCGAUUAGAUUUGAUUUCGAUCGAUUCGCAAGAUGCUCUUGUUCUAUACUCCAAUCUGGGGCACGUGGCACUCGCCGACGAGGAAAGCACAGAGAAUACCGUAAGAGAUUCAAAUCUUCAUGAUUCAAAUUAGAUAAUCUUACCUCUUAGACUUCUACGAGUUGGCUGCCUUGGUAAGAUUCUACGACGAGAAGAGAUGUUUGAAAGCGCGUAAAAUGGCCUUAUAAUACACCGCGGCGAAGAUGAGAUCGGAAACUGCUUUGUUUCUGCUUUCGCUGCUGAUCCUGUCGCUCAAUGAUCCUUUAUGGGCUUCCGUGGAGAUCAGAGGAUGCAACCGUACCAUCAGAAAUUCAGUCGGCUGGAUUCGCUGGACAGGAAGAAUGGGUCGUUGCAUCGUGCGAAUCAGAGCACCACUCAAGGAUCCGCAGGUGAUCGAAGUAAAAGUCAGGAGACUGCAGGUAGGCUUUUUGAAAGAGGCCCGUUGCGAAGGAGCAUAUUUUCAAUUCUCAGACAAUGCCGACGAUUCUGACGACGAAAUAACAGGUCGAUAUUGCGGCCGUGUGACUGGAAAUGCUACGAGGCUAUUUCUACGUCGCGGUCCUGAUCUAACAAUCACCCUGAUGUCGGACAAGCAAUUCGCCUCGGCGAAUCCGGUCAUUUUUUCCGCCCAAUUCUCCAUUCUGCCAAUGCGCCUGGCGAUCGAGCGUCAUCGUGGCUAUUCCGCGUCUACGUCACCAACGUGUCCUGUGGAGUGCACCGUUCACAACAAGCACAGGUCCUGCAGACUGACCUCGCCGGGUUAUCCCAGCGUUUAUCCACGUGGGAUUAGAUGUAGGAUAGCCUUGGAGUCGAACGCUGAUCGCUUCAGGAUAGGCGGUCAGCCUGAGGACCUUUUCGAUUUGAUGAACUACACCGAUCAGGAGAGCUGCCAGACGGAGAAUUGCGAGGACUCCUUCGACUCCAGGGAAAAGGGAUCGUCGGUCGCGAAGGGUCAGAGUUUCAUCGAAGCGGAUGAAUCUAUUAUCAGGGACGAUUGGUCGAGGAACGAGUACAGUAGUCGGAUUCCUGCGAUGAAACACACCACGGAAACGAAUGGACAAUUAGCGAGGCUCAGGCAUUACAAGAAAAAGGCGAUACAGCAGUACAGGGGAGAGCAACAUCGUCACAAAGAACUGCCGCUUAAGUCUGACACAAAUGAGCCGAAGUUUCGCAUAAAAUCAAUACGUUCGAAGAUAACGAGAAAGAACCAUCGAGGGGUCGUUCCGAAUCAUUAUUUCAAUAGCGAUUCUGAAAGGCUGAGCGAAACGAUCAAUAGAGCGACGGCACCGGAACCCAAAUAUCUCAGGGAAAAUCGAUCGUUGGCAAAUACAUGCGGCAGCGGCGACUAUCUCGCACUUCUGGAAAAUGUGAACGGGAAGAUCUUGGAAAUCUCGAGGUUCUGUGGUAGCGGCCGAGUCCCGCGCAUCUACUCGAGCGGGAAAAACGUGAUUCUGGAGUUCGUCUCUCGCGAGGAUGGCACCGUGACCCACGAUGGUUUCCAGGUGACCCUUCAAGAGGAACGCGUUUCACAAGAGGUGAGACGCACGAGAUGCGAAUUCGCAUAUAGGAGCACCGGGCAGCCACGGAAUAACAGGGAGAACAUUAGAUCCCCGCAAAGCUGGUAUCCCCCGGAUACCUUGUGCACUUACAAAUUCCUCGGUAGAACCACUGAGAAGGUUUCGAUCUAUAUAAAGAUUCUCAGAAAUGAGCCCGAACACGAGAAACCGGAGACGGGGAGGCGAAAUUUCACUUUAAACUCUUGUCCGAGCAACGAAAUCACUGUCUAUAACGGAGCGCAAGUAAAUAACAGCUUUUUAAUAUGGUCGUAUUGUGAUGCGUCUCAUUGGGACAUCAACAAUAUCCAAAUACCUUUGACGUCUACCGGAAACGAACUAUUGAUCCAGUACUACAGCGCCAAGGGGUCCCACAAUGGGCAGGAAUUCACUUAUGCUAUAUCCUAUCGAUUCAUCAGGAAAGAGCGGAAUUCUAUCGUUGCGAAGCACAAAUACAAAUCGAUCUCCCUCAGACCAGUCAACCUGUCGGCUCUCAAUCUCAACGAUACCGAUAGUUACGAUUGCGACAGCAGAAUCGGCACAUUUAAGAAUUGGUUCGCGGUGUUAGCGGUCUUCGGUAGCGUGUCCUUCAUCGGAGCCGUUGUUACAAUAGUCGUCCUGACAAUUAAAUGCUUGCGAAUCGGAUCCUCUGACAAAAAGCUCUUACAAAACGGGAAACAGUGAGGUCGUGCGUACAGGGGUUUUACGUUUCCCGAGCGGCAAUUGGAAACGAUUGAAG